AUCACCAAGUAAUUUGUUUGUAUUUCUUUUUCCAGGGGAAGUUGACCAUAUCCCUAUGUUUGGAAAUCUAGAUGAGCGCUCACAAAGAUUGUUUCAAAGGUUUGUGGAAAAGCCUGCAGACCAUGGACUCUUGCCAAGACAUAAGCGUAAUGUUUUUCUGUCCAGUGGAUUACGCCUCUGCAGUCAAGAAACCGUGCAGCAAGCUGUCAGUAACCACCUGAAAUACUAUCAGCUCAGAGCAUGUCAGGAAAUAAUUUGGGAGGCUUUCAAAAUCUUCUUGGAUCGCCUCCCCAAUCAGGAGGAAUUCAAGAGCUGGAUGAGCCAGUGCCAGACAGAAAGACUCUCUGUACUGGAGAUUGGCACUGCCUUUAGCCAAUCAGAAGAACACUUAGCAUUUAUCCACAGAAGUCUCAGGCAGACCGGGCUGAAAAGACCUGAGGAGUCUUCCCAAGAACAAGACCAUGUGCCACCAGGUGAUGAGCUUGCCGCAGAGACCACUGUGGUGGUGACCACAGCAGUUCCACAUGAGGUUGUCUCAGAGAGCAAGAAGGAAGUUACUGCAGAAGCACCAUCUGCUGUCAUGACAGUAGAGAUGGAUACUAAGAUCACUAAUGAGAUUGAGCAGGAAGCAGCUGCUUCGCCUUCACGUCCUCUAGUUGAGCAGAGGGUGGAGCUGGCUAUGUUAUUGACUGGAGAACCAUAUAGUGAAGAGCUGUUCAACUCCACCAGCAGUGAGCAUAGCAGACUCACUCACAAGAUCACAGAGAAGAUUUCAGCUGCUUUGAAGAAACUGACAGAAUUCAAGAGCGUAUCGGUAUUGAACAUUAGGCCACAGAUGGAUCCCUCAAGUGGUGAUAAGGCAGUAUUGGUGGAAUAUGUUGUGUCCCUCCAGACAAUCAGUGAAGAGAUCAGCAGUAAAACAAUGGACUUCAUCAAUCUUCAAUCCAACAUGGUAGAGGGCACCUUUAGUAAUUCAGAAGGGUCCACUGUUCAGUACACCAUUAUUGACAUCCACCCCAACAUCACUGAGGCUAUGCAUGUGGAAACCUCUCCAGAGGAAACCCAUCCUGCAGAAGAAUCUCCAGACCGUUACCACAAGACCAGCAGUGAGACAAUGGACUUCAUCAAUCUUCAAUCCAACAUGGUAGAGGGCACCUUUAGUAAUUCAGAAGGGUCCACUGUUCAGUACACCGUUAUUGACAUCCACCCCAACAUCACUGAGGCUAUGCAUGUGGAAACCUCUCCAGAGGAAACCCAUCCUGCAAAAGAAUCUCCAGACCGUUAUCACAAGGAUGAUAUUUUAGCAGUAGAAAAACCAUCUGAGCUGCCUGGAGAGGUGAUGAAGGAGGUCUUUACUAUUGGUGACCUUUUGGAUUCUACAAUAUCAGAAGAAGAAGACCUUCAAGACAAGGACUUGGUGUCACAGUUUCCUUCCAACCAGACUUUUGCUGUGGAUAUUGAAGCUGUGGGUACCAUUAUUGAUGCCAAGCAAGACAAUGGCUUGACAAUUGAUGAUUUUAAUCCCGCCUCUGGAUCUGGUGCAGAAGAUGAUUGGGUAACUGUACUUACUAAGGCUCAAGAGCCAGCUGGAGAGACAGAAGGUGAGGAAGAAGUUUUGAUUGAUGUAGACAAGCCACAGAUCGAGGACUAUGAAUUCUCCACAAUUACAACAGUGACUGAAGAGGACCAGAUCUUGCCUGAAGAAACUCCUGAACUGAUUACUGUUAAAGCUGGAGAAAAUGGAAAUUUACAGGUUGGUAGAGAAGUGCCCACAAUGCCGCCAGUCAAAGUGGCUAAGGUAGAAUCUACCCUAAAACCUGAGGAAGACAUUUUAGUACCUGUAGAAGAAGAGAGGACGGAGCAAGUCAACAAGGAAGAAACAGUUUUAACAGAAAUGAAAAAGGAUGAGGAAACUGAAUUUGCUGUGAUUAUAAAGGAAAAAUCGGAGGAGGUUGAAGAAGAGGAACAGGAAGAAUCUGUUGAGAGUACCACAAUGACACAAGAAGAAGAUGAUUAUGUACUAACAGAUGCUUCAGCAAUACAGUAUUCAGAGGAAAUUCUAACUGAGGAUGAGAUCAUAUUGGUCACCGUUGAACCAGCAAGCCCAGUCUACCCAACUCCUUUUUCAACUGAGAAAGAAUCACCCUUCUCCCUCAUCACCACUAUUACCCCAGCGGAGGUGGAGUUGGUGCAUACCUUAAAUUCAAAAGUCAUGACUCCAUCUCUAGAUGUGAUUCAUUACAAAGAGGAAGAUGGUAGUGGCAUCUCUGGUGUCAUCCAGGGUGAUGAAGUUUCCAGCACCGCCGUGCCAAUUAACCCCGGGCGGUCUUUGAUAGUGUUUUUCAGUCUUCGGGUAACUAACAUGAUAUUCUCUGAGGAUCUGUUUAAUAGGAGCUCUGCAGAGUACAAAGCCUUGGAGCAACGGUUUCUUGAACUGCUGGUGCCAUAUCUGCAGUCAAACCUCAGCCACUUCGAGAACCUGGAGAUCUUGAACUUCAGGAAUGGAAGUAUUGUGGUGAACAGCCGUAUGAAGUUCGGAAAGCCUGUUCCUCGUGGAGUCAGUACUGCUGUUUACCUCAUUCUAGAGGAUUUCUGCAACACAGCUUACCAGACCAUGAACCUCGCUAUUGACAAAUAUUCACUGGAUGUUGAAUCAGGGGAACAGGCAGACCCGUGCAAGUUUCAAGCAUGUAAUGGGUUUGCUGAAUGUACAGUGAACCAAUGGUCAGGUGAAGCUGAAUGUGUGUGUAAUGCUGGUUACUUCAGCAUGGAUGGACUACCCUGCCAAAGCAUCUGUGACCUUCAACAUGACUUCUGCUUGAAUGAUGGGAAAUGUGAUGUCAUUCCAGGCCAAGGAGCCAUCUGCAGAUGCCGUGUUGGGGAAAACUGGUGGUACAGAGGAGAACAUUGUGAAGAAUAUGUUUCUGAGCCACUCGUAGUUGGCAUUGCCAUAGCAUCUGUUGCCGGGUUCCUUCUGGUGGCGUCAGGAGUAAUCUUUUUCCUAGCAAGAACUCUGAGAGACCAAUAUGACAAGGAUGAGAUGGAGGACCCAGUACGGAGAGAGGACAGUCCACCAUUUUUAGACAUGGCCACUAAGUAUAACCCCAUGUUUGAGAGUGAUUUAACUACAAGCUACAGCCAUUACUACCAGCGGUACCCCCGAGCCCCCAGUCCACAGCAGCGCCAGUGCAGAGGCAUCCACAGAGUUCAGCAGUGA